AUGCAGCUCUCCUCGCUCGUCCUUGCAGCGUCGCUGCUGAUCUCGUCGGUUGUGUCCGCACCGGCUUUCGCCAACUUUGACGUCUCUUCACCGGCCUCACUGAUGCUCAGACGCCAAGUGGAGUCGACCAACUGGGACACCAUGCUGGGUCGGGACGCUCCUUCUCUUGAAAAACGCAUCGUGUACAACCCGCACAUCACCCGGCCGCGCGCCGAGACCGUGUGGACCGCCGGCAAGACGCACACGGUCAAAUGGGACACCUCGGAUAUGCCGCCCGAAGCCGAAAACUACAAGGGCGUCAUCAAACUCGGUUACCUCCCCGCUGACGGAAGUGGCGGCGAAAACCUCCAUUGGACCCUCGCGGAUGGGUUCGCCAUCAAGGACGGAAAAACAAAGGUGACGCUGCCAGCGGAUUUGGAGGAACGAAACGACUACAUUGUCGUGGUCAUGGGUGAUUCGGGGAAUGCGAGUGAGAAGUUCACGAUUAGGAAGGCAGAGGCGGUGAGCUUGGGCGACACCAUUCAGCAGCAGAUCCAAGAGGGACUAUCCAAUGCUGGUCUUUAA